AUGAGCGAAGAUGGAUCGAACAAUUUAAUCAUACAAGAUGUAAUCCGAAAACAUAUUGAAGAGAAAAAAGAACUCGUGGGGAAAAUACUAAAAUUUAGAGACAGGAUACCACUAGUAGAGUAUAAAAAAAACGAUGACGAAAUGUACAUAUGUUCAAAGUACUUUUUUAUAAGCGAUAUUUACAUUAAGGUGAAGAAGCAGGAGGACAAGUUUAGGCUCACUUUUGUGGGGAGUAAAGAGGGGGAUGAAGAGGAGGAUCCUGGUAAAUUGCAUUUGGGGAAGUGGCAUUCGGAAAAGUCGCAUUCGAAGACGUCGCAUUCGAAGAAGUCGGACCCGGAGCUGGAGAACAGUUCGAUGUUUAGUGAUGAGAAGAACACGUUGCGGGAAUUGCCUAGAGAGGAAGAUGCCGACAAGGUACAUACAGAAGCAUCCAAUGAUAAGCUGCGAACGUACACGGACAAUGAAGAACUAAAUGCACAAGAGGAUACGGAAGAAUUGAAUAUAGAAUUAGAGAACGAAAUGAUAAACGGUGAGUUAGAGAACGAGUUACUGAAGACAGAAUUGUAUAGUGAAAUGCUGAACACAGAUUUGUGCAGCCAAAUGUGGAACACUCAAUUGGACGGCGAAAUGUUGAACGCAGAAUUGUGCAACCAGAUGCCGAAGACAGAGUGUGAAGAUUGGGUUCUUUCGAAAUUGAGGAAAAAGAAGUUUAUUAUUAUUUUGAGUGGAACCUCCGGAGGGGGGAAAAGCACCCUUAGUUGUCUAUUGGGUUUUUUUUUGAACAUUCGACGAAUUUUAUCUACAGAUGUGGUGCGGGAAAUUUUAAGAAAGUACAAAGUGAAGGAUGACAAGUAUCUUAAAUUUUCAACGUACGAAUCGUGGAAGGUGAACGACAGCGAUGAUGAGGGGGAAGUUAGCUCUAGCGCAAGCCGUGGAGAAGGGGGAGGUAGUGGGGGUAGUGGAGGUAACGCCGACUCCGAAGCGAGCAAACUGGAGAGUAUAGAAACUCGGCUAAGAAGAAAGUGUAUAGAGAACUACGCGAAGCAGUGCGAAUUGCUUUUCACCUACAUCGAUGACAUAAUUAAUGAUCACAUAAGAAGUAACGAAUCGAUCAUCAUUGAAGGGGUUCAUCUGAACGCAGACAUGAUGGAGAAGUUAAACAAAAAAUAUUCAAACAGCAUUAUCUUUUUUUUAGUAUACAUAAAUGAUAGGGAAACCAGCAUUCAAAGAUUUUCAAGCAGAUCUGUAGAUUCGAAGACGGAAGAAAAUAAGUAUAUAAAAAAUAUUAACUAUAUUAAUGACAUACAGAAUUAUUUAUUGGAAAAGACCAAAUGUUUGCAUCCUCCAAUUAAUUAUAUUGAAAAUAUAGACAUAUAUAAUUCGCUAGAGAAGGUCCUUCAGAUAAUUUAUUCAUUUGGUUAA